GAAGGACGGACACUCGAGUCUUAACAUUUUCUAAUAAUGUCGAAAAGAUACUCUCGACUUUGUCCAAUACUGAUUCAUGUUCAGUCAGUGCAUCUCCAUGUCGAGUCUCGGUAACCCUCAGACAGCCGCUGCCUAAUUCCGCUACCGUCUUGCCCCUCUCAGCAUGGCCACUUUUAACUCUCCUGCGACUUACAAUCCUCCUCUGAUUGCGCAGGAGAUUUCCUGUGUCUACCCAAUCAGCGACACUUACGGCCCAACGCCGAGAUACCUUUACUACGUGUGCCUGUUCCUGAGUUUCUGGGCUCCUCGGUAUGGCUGGCUGGCGCAUGCCGUUCUCGGAGCAGCUGUCGCCUACGCUGCCACUGCAGCCGUUCAAACCUUCAUCUUGCUCUCUGCGAGGCUGGUCCCGGCACCUGUCCAGAAUGUAACGAUUCCGUACAUUUCCAGCACCAACUUGACAGGCUACUUCGCGGGCAUCAAGGCUCUAGUCACGAACAGAAGUUAUGUCGAAGUCCAGCCCGAUUACCUGGAACUCGACAUCGAUGCCGUGACCAGUGUGGUCAUCACCGCCUAUCUCGUGGGCCUGCCACUGCAAUGCUGGUCACGAAUCACCCGCGCAAGUACAGUCCUCCAUAGGCUGGUCUUGGUAUGGAAUCUGGUCAUGCUUGCCGCAUCAAUAUCAGUUCUCAUCCUCUGGCCUCAUCUCAAUGUUGCCCCCGCCCAGUAUCGCUUCUGCUAUGCCAAUGUCGACGACGGAGAUUCAUUCCAGAACAGCAAUGGCUGGGAUAAGCACUACUGGGAUCAAACCUGGAACCAGACCGUGUGGAAACUUUUUGGGCAACCUCUUCUUGACAAUCGUUUGUGGUUCAACUACACUUCGAACUGCAUGUAUCCUUGCUUCAGUACAUCUCAAAUAUUGCGGCAAGCGACCUCCCUGAAAGCAUCCGCAUUGACUCCGAAUGCCCCAGGAGCCAAACUACAUACAGACGCUGGCUAUGGAAGCGAUGAUUUUCAGCCCUUGAUUUAUACCGCCAUCACCAGUUUCACCGCGGCGCAGCUGUUCCUGUUGGCCAUGGGCCGUUUAAAAUUCUGUACAGAGCGGGUUCCCAUCUACGAGCCUCGACAGCUGUGGACUAGGAGAAAAGAGAUUUGGCAGAGCUUCAACGGCGACUUCAAGCGAGGAUGGGUGCACCUCAUGAACUUCCUGCGCAGCCCACAGACAUCUCUAAGUCUGAAAACACCAAGACAAUGGAAUAGCAACCAUACAUCAAUCCGCCAACAUCCUCUCUUCUUAUUCAGCCUUGAUCUUCUGGUCAUAUUGGUCCUGUUUGCUGCAAUGUUAUUUGGCCCUCUGACGGUAAUCGCGUUCAUCAUCUGGAUCGAGCACUACAUUCACCAAGACGGCGCACCGACUGAGAGUCCGCGGGCUGUAGGUCAAUGGGGCAUUACGGUUCAACUGGGAGUUGUGCUUUUCGCCGCGUGCGUGCUCCGGUUAAAAUACCGUGUCGCCUCAGAAGAGGAGGUCAGGAGGGAGAUUGAGCACAGAACAGAGGAGUUGGACAAGCUGAAGAUUAUCGCAGACCAAAAGAGGUUACGACUGCUGUCUCAAGUAGAGGAGCAGAAUAAGUAACACAAGCUCAGUUGACAGUACUGCCACAUAUCUGAACUUGUCGCAGCAACUGAUACUGGUCACAUUCUUUUCAAAGUGCCAAUGCUUCUUGCUCCUGAAAAAGAGAUUCCUGGGCUUCGAAAGUCGACGCCAACUCCAUCUAUCCCGGCGAUUUCUCGAUGCAUCUCCGAAACCAAUCUCUGAAACUUCCCAUGGCCCUCGAAAUCAUGCAUCUCUCACAGUCCAUUGAGCAUACGCACUGGGCUUGCCAAACCAAGAUUCGCGCUCCAGAGUAUUGACGGUCCCAGGGGUUUGAAUCCACUCCGAGUAUUGAUUAAUGGCCGCGCCCGGCAAGUCCAGUACCGCGCGAACUUUGAGGUACGGACUGAUAUCGGUACAGGUCAUGGAAUUAUACCAGGCAUUCUUGAUGAUCUGUUCGACCUCGACGAGUUGAGAGUUACAGUUGCCCAUAUCUGGCAUACCGGACGUGCCGAAGAACCAUUGGAAGUUAAGAUCUUCAACCCGCCUGUCCGAGUUGUAUGACGCACUCUGCACGACCUGGUUCAGAUUGUUGUAGUCUAUCCAUUCAGUGGCGAAUAUCAUGUUAUUGAAGGACACACGCGCGGCGACCUUUAGGCCACGACCGACCUUGUCGCAUUUGAUCUUGAGUCUGUAGUAUCCAUUGGGCUCUUGAUCAGUCCAGUAAGUACAACUAGAGCCAUGGUCUGAUAAGAUGUCCCGGGCAACGAGAGUUGCCGAGUGCGAGGUUAGUGGCGUUGCGCGAGCGGGAUCGGCAUGGAGCAAGAGCGCUGCCACCAAUGUUGAGAGGAGAGCCGCAAAGCGAGAUAAGGAAUGCAUUAUACCGGUGGUGAGUCAGAGUUGGUUGACUAGUUGUAUCGUGUAUCUGGGUUGAAUAUUCCGAGUUUGUUGUGAAGCUAUGCAAUAUACAUGACAAAGAGCAUGGAGACUUGUGGGAACAAUGAG